AUGUCGUCAGGUUCAAACAGUGCAAGGCGCGUUGCCUCAUUGCUGAGGCCAUCAAUAAUCGACUCCGGCGUGUGCAGAAGCUGUCAAGAGACCAUUGGCCGCCGCAGCUAUGCCACAGCCACCCCAGCAGCAACCGAAUCGACAACGACCCCUCCUGUCGUGACGCCCGCAUACACCAUCAACGCCGGUGUCGUUCUCUCCCGCCCUCCCCAGAUCACCCGUGAACUCGAGCCGUUCGAGAAAGCCUUCUUCUUCUACCAGAAGCGUCUGAAUGAACGUCUCGCCCUCCCUUUCACAAAAUAUUUCUACUUCAAGCGCGGAACGCCAGCGGACGAGGAUUGGAAGAAGAAGAUCCAGGAGCGCCGGACUGCCGCCCGUGAUAUCGGAAAGUACAACGCGUAUGAUAGCGAUGCAUGGAACGAUGAGCUUCUGCUCGGUGCCGAGCAAUCCGAGCCCGCCAACCAGGUCGAGGCUCUUGUUCAAGAUGCUGAAUCGACCGCCAGUGCGACUUCCCAAGAUACCAGCAAAAAGGAGGAUAUCCCCCGCCCCUAUCCCCGAAUCACCGAGGCCGACCAGAAGAACGACCAGAAGAGCCUCAACCGUCUCCUAUCCCGAACCCUCUAUCUCCUUGUGCAAUCCAAGGAAGGAAACUGGAAGUUCCCCACCUCCCCCGUGGAGACUGGAGAGACCCUCCGCUUGGCUGCCGAGCGUACCCUCUCCGAAUCCGCCGGUGUCAACAUGAACACCUGGAUGGUCGGCUACCACCCCGUUGGGUGGCACAAAUUCAACGCGCCUCGCGCGAAGAAGGGAGAAACCGCCAAGCCCGACGCCAGUGGCAGCAAGGUCUUCUUCCUUAAGUCUCGCAUCAUGGCCGGCCAGGCCGAUCUCUCCAUCAACACGCAAAACUUGAAGGACUUCAAGUGGCUGGCCAAGGAGGAGCUCCCGCAGUACUUGAACACACAAUACUACAGCAACAUCAAGAACAUGCUGGCCGACCGGUAA